AUGGACGCAAAGGCUCGCCACACUAGAAUCCAGGAUGAACAAAGUCCCAAGAGUGGUGGCACCGCCGGAAAAGACGCCACAAAGCAGCUUUGCAGACUCCCCUUUCUCUCCUUCGAUUGCCAUGACGGAGGCUCCGCCAAGGGCCAACUCCCCAACGGCAACAUCUCCUUGUUCGCCCAGCUAGUGGACACCUUCCUUGUGCACUUCUCCAGCAGCAAGAAAAUUCAAAAAUGUUCAGAAGACUUGUUCAGAGUCGUCCAACGCCGUGAAGAAUCAACCAGAGACUUCGUAGCCCGUUUCAACAAGGAGAGAGUCUCAAUUCCUCGAUGUAAUCCUGAGACCGCGUUUAGAGCCUUCAAGAAUGGAUUACUUGUUGAUAGAGGAUUAUAUGAAGAAAUAGCCAAGUAUGAGUGUCAGAACAUGGAAGAUGCUCUAGCCCGUGCAACAAUCCAAAUCAGAUGGGAAGAGGAUGCCCGACGACGACCGACCCAACCGAGCAAUGACAGAGAGAAGCGCGACAGAAGAGAAGACCAACCAGCGCCUCCACCGCCAGGAAACACUGCCCACUCCCGACCGUUCAACAGGGGAUUUAACAGACGAGAAUACUAUGAAAAUGCACCCAAAUACAACUUAAGCAUCGCACAUGAUGAGACAGUACUUGUACUCAAGAAAAUGGGGGAGAAAGUGAAAUGGUCGUUGAAGAACACCGACGGAAGAGAAAAAGACACCACUAAAUGGUGCGGCUUUCAUCAAGUCCAUGGGCACAAAACCACCGAAUGCAAGGCCUUACUCUACGAAGUGAAUGACUUGGUCAAUCGCAGCCAUUUGCACGACUUCCUAACCGAAAGAGGAAAGGCUCUCCUAGCUAAAAGAAAGGAAAAGGCCGCAGUAGACGGCAUACCAGAGCCCACCGAAACUAUUGCGGUCAUCAUUGGGUGA